AUGAGUGUCCGCGCUGCUUCUACUCUCCCCAGAGUGGCCCGCCUCCGCACCGCGGCUUGUCCCCGACGCUGGCCGCCCAGUUUGAGCUCGGCGGGCUCGGCCCGAGCAUUCUCAACGACAUUGCACCGCGACGCGACAUGGGGGUUCGUGGGAUUGGGCCAGAUGGGUUACAAUAUGGCCAAAAACCUCCGCGCUAAGAUCCCCGCUUCUGAUACAUUGAUCGUCCGCGACGUGAACGAGGAGGCUGCAAAGCGCUUUGUCGCGGAGGCUCAGGAGGCCGCUCGGAACAACGGUGCUGGCGCCGACGAGGGCCGGGUUGAGAUCGCUGAGAAUGCGCGCGAAGUUGCAGAGAAGUCUACCGUCAUGAUUACUAGCCUGCCGGAGUCGCAGCAUGUCAUUGAGGUGUAUCACUCAAUACUCAAGCAAGGGGAGCUUCCUCCGCUCGAACAGGAGCGUCUCUUCAUUGACACAUCUACUAUUGACCCUGUGACAUCAAAGGACAUUGCCAAUGCCAUUCACACUACUCAAACUGGUCGAUUCGUGGAUGCCCCUGUCUCCGGUGGUGUAGUUGGUGCCCGCGCAGGCACACUGUCGUUCAUGUUCGGUGCUUCCUCGCAAACCGGUCAAUUGCUGGAACGUGUUCGCGGAGUCCUCGCCUUGAUGGGUAAGAAGGCCUGGCACCUCGGUGAACCUGGAGCUGGUGUCUCCGGCAAACUGGCCAACAACUACAUGCUGGCCAUCAACAACAUUGCUACCGCGGAGGCAAUGAACUUGGGUAUCCGCUGGGGACUUGAUCCCAAGAACCUGGCUGAUAUGAUCAAUUCCUCCACCGGCCGCUGCUGGCCCUCCGAGGUCAACAACCCUGUACCCGGAGUCAUUGAGACAGCGCCGGCCUCUCGUGGAUACGAAGGAGGAUUCGGGGUCAGUCUAAUGAACAAGGAUCUACGUCUAGCCCUGGCCGCUGCCGAGAAGUCUGGUACUCCUCUGGCUCUGGGUAGCCAAGCUCGGGAAGUGUAUAAUGCUGUGGAGGAAGCCCAUCGGGGCAAGGAUUUCUCGAUUGUCUACCAGUGGCUCAAGGGCAAGUCUGAGCCUCAAUAG